GGCGCGUUACAAAUUCUCGCUGGUAACAGCUUGCUGGCGCUGCUGCCAUUCUGGACACAUUUUAUCUGCGGGGGAGGGAAAGCUGUGCUUGUUGUUACGUUUUUUUUCUGUCUCUCUCUUUGGCGAGUUUCCGGGCGGAUUUGUUACUUCCGGUAGAUUCAGGGAGCACUGACCGGUACUGUUGCUGCUGCUUCGUUAAACAGUUUUAGGCUGAAAAUUCCUUUCUGCUUUAACUAUUUUCAAGUGGAAUAAUUUGAAGAUGACAAGAAUCCGUAUAGACAGCUAGAAAGAACAACAUGUUGAAAGAACUGUUUAAAACAGUACUGUAAAAUUAUCUUAGACUUGACUGCUUCAGGGAGCAGUAGCAAUAGCCCUUUGUUUUGGCUGCCCAUCUUUUUUCUGAUACUUGCCUAUGUCUCUUAUGGACAAACAGAAGGUGAAACGACAACGACUGGAUCGUAUUUGUGAAGGUAUUCGACCUCCAAUUCCAAAUGGCCCUAUGCAUCCGAGACCUCUUGUUGCCUUGCUUGAUGGAAGGGACUGCACAGUGGAGAUGCCCAUCCUGAAAGAUGUAGCCACAGUUGCGUUUUGUGAUGCACAGUCCACUCAAGAGAUUCAUGAGAAGGUGUUGAAUGAAGCUGUUGGUGCACUGAUGUACCAUACCAUCACACUUUCACGAGAAGAUCUGGAGAAGUUCAAAGCACUUCGGAUUAUUGUCAGAAUUGGUAGUGGCUAUGACAACAUUGAUUUCAAAUCUGCAGCAGACUUAGGUAUUGCUGUUUGUAACAUUCCGUCUUCAUCUGUGGAGGAAACUGCAGACUCGACACUGUGUCACAUUCUUAAUCUAUACCGUCGUGUAACAUGGCUACACCAAGCCUUACGAGAGGGUACCCGUGCGGCCAGUGUUGAACAGAUUCGAGAAGUUGCCAGUGGGGCAGCCCGAAUCAGAGGAGAGACUCUUGGUAUUAUUGGGCUAGGGCGUAUUGGCCAAGCUGUUGCCUUAAGAGCAAAGGUGUUUGGUUUCAAUGUGAUUUUCUAUGACCCUUACCUACCGGAUGGAGUUGAGAGGUCUUUGGGAUUGCAGAGGAUGAGCACCUUGCAGGAUUUGCUAUUGCACAGUGAUUGUGUGAGUCUGCACUGCAAUCUGAAUGAACACAAUCACCAUCUCAUCAACGAUUUCACCAUCAAACAGAUGCGACAAGGGGCAUUCCUUGUGAACACAGCCAGAGGGGGCUUGGUGGAUGAGAAGGCAUUGUCUCAAGCAUUGAAAGAAGGAAGAAUCCGAGGAGCAGCACUGGAUGUUCAUGAAUCCGAACCUUUCAGUUUUUCUCAGGGUCCACUUAAAGAUGCUCCCAAUUUGAUCUGUACCCCUCACACAGCCUGGUACAGUGAACAAUCAUCUAUUGAAGCAAGAGAAGAAGCAGCUAAAGAGAUACGCAGGGCAAUAACAGGCCGCAUUCCUGAUAGUCUGAAAAACUGUGUAAACAAGGACUACCUGUUGGCAGCAGCUCAGUGGUCUAGUGUUGAUCCAUCAACAGUACAUCAGGAACUGAAUGGUGCAAGUGCAGCAACAGCAUCAUACAGGUUUCCAGCUGUUGUGGGAGUGGCACCACCUGGAAUCCCAACCGCCGCUGUGGAAGGAAUGGUAACCACCUCAUUGCCUCUGUCGCACGGGAUGACACCUGUUGCCCAUUCUAGUCCACACACACCAUCACCAGGACAGACUACAAAACCUGAAGUAGACAGAGAGAUUCCAGCUGCAGACCAGUAGCAGCUCCCCUCCAACUCUUUCUGCACCUCUUUCAGGCAGUGGUGCAGCCCUUCUUUUACAAAAUCAACGUGACUUUAAAUUAAAACAAAAAUGACAAGUCUCUCAGCUUGGAUAUCUCAGUCAGUGGACGUAGACUGUUUUUCGUAAUUUUUUCACUGGUAAAUGUAGGAUAUUGCCUUUAAAAGGUGUUAAGUCUGAAUGGCAUUUAGCACUCUGAUCAUAUUUUUCUUUGUAUGUUGGAUUAGCUUCUGUAGUGGAACCCAGAUCAUGCAAGUAAAAGUGGGAGCACCAGAACUAUCCCUACUAAUGCGGCAGAAGGGAAGAGUGGUUUACUGAUGCAUUCAUUACAGCCUUGUUUGUUCGCUACUUUUCUACUUCAGGAGUGCAGAAAAAUACCACAGUCUAGUGAGAUAGUUGUUUGUGACUUCAGAGUUGUCACCAGUACAGAAAUUUGUAGUGUCCAACAUAGCUGAGAGAGGUUUUAGUUGUUUUUUGAAGAAAGUUAAGACACUCAUGCUGACCUCUUACAUCUGAGUGCAAGAUUUUAGGCAUUUGCUCCAUUCUUGAACUAUCAGUAUUUUGCCUGUUUAGAGUUCUGGCUUUAGAGUGCCUUGGAGAAGAGAUGGUAGAGCUGUGUGUGCAAGAACAUGUUAGAACCAGCCAUUUUGCCAUUCCUAAACAAGAAUGCAUUUACAGCUCAGCAGCUUUUAACCUAAAAACAUUUGGUCAGCUUAUAGUUGCAAAAACUAGGCAGUCCUUUUCCAGGACUGAUGCGUGUAUAACUGUCAUAUAAACUCAGCUGUACACCUGUUUUUAUCUCUCUAAACUUUUUUUUAACCCAGAGACAUGGAGAGGGUGCUGUCAGCUGCUCAUCAUCAUUUUGGAAUAGAAAAAUGUUUCAGGGGACUGAAUGAUAUACAUAAAUUGUAAACUCUUCAAAAAUGUAGUUUGUAAUUUUUUAAGUUAAAGUAGCUGGUUAAAACUGUGAAGACCCUGAAUGAAGAUGGAUGGUGAACUAUACAUUUGCAUACAGUAUGAGGAGUUAGAAUUAUGCAGAUUUUCAGGAAACAUAAGUAACUGGAUACUUUUGAAAAUGUUUUAUUGCUACUUCAUGAAUUAGUACUGGUUGACUACAUUGUCAUCCAGUAACUGCAGUUUGUUUGCUACAGAUGAAGUAGUAGUUUCAUUGACUGAUUCCGAACCGUCACCCAUAAAAAUACUUAUUUUUUUAAAUAAAAUUUUUUGACAAUAGCUUUCAAAGCUGUAGAACUACUUGUAAUGUUAGCUGAGAUUGCUAAUGUUGCUAAAAUGUAUAUAUGCGUACAUACACAAGUCAAAAAUUUUCUGAAAAUUCAAAAUUCUUGUACUCUAUAUUUUGAAACGGCACACCCCUCUCACACUGUGGUUUUCUUUGCUUUGCUGUCCAUCCCUUUAGCCAUCAUGGAAGUCCAAGGUUUUACCACUUUAUUGAACUUCUAAUGUAAAACCAGUCAGCUUUCAAACAAGACCCGGCACUGUGUAAUUCAUUAGUCCUUUUAGAUGACACAUCCUUUAUCAUGAAUUCUGGUUCUUUGUCCUUUAAGUUUUUACUUUCUUUGUAACUUAAUGAUUCUUUGCUUGAUAUUCCAAGCCACUGUAUAAUUUGAAGUCUGGUAGUUUGUGCUGAAAAAAAUAGUCUCCUUGUAAAAUGUGGAAGUCAGGUGCCCUCUGCUGAGUAUUUUAUCUCCCUGUAAUUUGAUGAACUCAGGUACACAUUACUGUGAGACUCAAGUCUCCAGGCAAUUCACUGUCCUUUUAAGUCACAGAUACUGUGCUGUGUAACUAAUGCUGCUGAAUGGUAUGUCAUUCUUGGCUCUUUGCUGCAUUGAUCAUUAAAAAGUGUGCCUUUUUCCCCAUGGGGAAUCAA